AUGAGUGACCUAGACAAAGCCAUUGCACAGCUGAGAGCUUGUCGACCGAUCCCCGAAGCCCAGGUCCGUGAGCUCUGCUACAAGGCGCGUGAGCUGCUUAUUGAGGAGGGAAACGUUGUGUCGGUGGAUGCACCUGUGACAAUAUGUGGUGAUAUUCAUGGACAAUUCCAUGACCUGAUGGAAUUAUUCAGAGUGGGCGGCGACGUACCAGAUACAAACUAUCUAUUCAUGGGUGACUUCGUGGACCGAGGCUUUUAUUCGCUUGAAUCGUUCCUCCUAUUGCUGUGCCUGAAGGUCCGAUAUCCCGAUCGCAUUACGUUGAUACGAGGAAACCACGAGUCAAGACAGAUUACGACCGUGUACGGCUUUUACGACGAGUGCAUUCGCAAAUAUGGAAGCGCAAAUGUGUGGCGCUAUUGCUGUGAGGUGUUUGAUUACCUGGCACUAGGGGCAUUGGUUCUCGGUGCAAGCUCGGAGCUGGAACCGACAAGCCGGACUGAAAAUUCACAAUUAGAAGGUGAAUUGGAGACAGAGGUGCUUAACGCCAAUGGCGAGGUUACAGCCAUGUCGUACCGACCCAGAUAUAGAUCUUCAUCAGAUGCAUCAACGGAUACAAGAGAUAUCUCACCUCCUAGAGAUAUAUCUGCUGCGCCUGGCAACACACCUUCCAGAACCGGGCCUGCCGGCACAGGAGCCUCCGGCCACAGCUCCGGGAGCUCUGGCACUACGGCAGGCGCAGUGCUAUGUGUCCACGGCGGUCUGUCGCCAUUAGUGGACAGCGUUGAUAAGAUCCGACUUAUUGAUCGAAAGCAGGAAGUGCCUCAUGAAGGUGCUAUGUGCGACCUUCUUUGGUCUGACCCGGACGAGAUCGAAGGAUGGGGAUUGAGUCCUCGAGGAGCUGGCUUUCUUUUCGGCGGCGAUAUUGUCAAACAUUUCAACCACAAAAACGACCUGUCUCUUAUUGCUCGAGCACAUCAACUUGUCAUGGAAGGCUACAAGGAAAUGUUUGACGGAGGCAUUGUCACAGUCUGGUCAGCACCGAAUUAUUGCUAUCGAUGCGGCAAUGUAGCGGCUAUACUAGAACUGGGUGAAGAUGCCAGCAAUGGAGGCACAAUCGCUCGUAGCAACGGCGACCUUGGACGGAGUAAUGGUGUUUUGCGCAGUGAUAUGGGAAAAUAUAUUUUGGGUCCCGGUAGACGAUACAGAGUGUUUGAAGCAGCUGCGCAAGAUACCAGAGGCAUGCCAGCGAAGAAACCGGUUGCCGAUUAUUUUCUGUGA